AUAACCAUGAAUACCAGUACACUGCUGAUCCUGGCACUCGGCUGUGUAGUGGCAGCGGAACAGUCAGAGUUUUCACAAGAAGAAUACAAAAGGGUAAUCGUGGAAUGCAAGAAAGAAGUGGGAUUCAGUGAGAAGGAUCUUGAAAUGACCGAAAUGGACAAAGUGGGUAUGGAAAGAUUUGAUCCACGGGACCAAUACAAGCGCAUGGUUUCUUGCGCCAUGAAGGCUCUAAAACUUAUGGACGAGUCCGGCGAGAUGGACACGAAGAGGUCCUCAGAAGUGGUCGACAGCAUGAUGAAGGGUCGCGCUCCUGAAGAGGCCCUUCAAGCGAAAACAGUGUUAAUGGAGUGUGCAGAAAAACAAAAGCGGAAAAGUUUCAAGGGAUAUGAAGUAGCGGGUUGUAUCGCAGAUUAUAUGAUGAAAGCUAAGGACAACUGGACUAGCUUUAGUUUUUAAUAUUAUGUAGCAUUCACUGACGACACAGAGCCUGCAUUUCGUUUAAUUGCCUUUUAAUAAAGUUUGGGUGUUUACAUA